UUUAGCGCCUUGUUUCAGGAGCCACAUAUAAAAGAAGCCUUAUUUGAUUAGGGUUCUGAGAAACAGUGAUACAUGCUAGGCAUGUACAGACAUUAACAGUAAUCACAAGCCUCCCAGGGUUGCAAGCUACCUUGGCUAAUGGUUGAAAAUGAGGGGGAUAUUUAAAUCAGUUGAACUCUACUGUUUCUUGAUCAGAAUCCACUUGCAUUUGGGAAUAGAAAAAAAGCCAGUUCCUGGGAAUCCUUGAACAAAAUCUCUGCUUGCAAAUUUUCAGCAACACUAAAAGCCCAUUUUGCAGCAAUUCUUUAUGACACUUUUCAUGAGAGACUGUAAAAUACAAUUUCCCAAAAUGAUUAGCAAAUCAAUUAUGCUUCUGAGCCUGGUGGUUCUUCAUAGCACAUUUAUAAAUGGAAAAACAACAUGUAAAUGGCAAUUUGUGGAAGAAUGGCAUACACAACCAUUAUCAUAUAUGGUGAAUUGGACACUAACAGAAAACAUCUGCAUGGACUUCUAUGGAGAUUGCUGGUUUGGGGAUGUAAAUACUAAAAUGAACACUUCAGGCAAUCAAGUUGUUCCCCAGAUUUGCCCUUUGCAAAUUCAAUUGGGAGACAUCCUUAUAAUUUCUUCUGAACCAUCUCUUGAAUCUCCAGAAAUAAAUUUGAUGAAUGUUUCUGAAGCAUCAUUCAUUGACUGUCUGCAAAACACCACAACUGAAGAUCAGUUACUUUUUGGUUGCAAACUAAAAGGAAUGCACACUGUUAAUUCAAAGUGGCUGAGUGCUGGAACACAUUAUUUUAUCACAGUAACAGCAAGUGGUCCAUCGUUUUGUCACCUGGGGCUACGGCUAAAUGUGACAGUGAAAGAACAGUUCUGCCAGGAAUCUCUGAGUUCAGAAUUUUGUUCUGGGCAUGGUAAAUGUCUUACUGAGGUUUGGAGCAAGACAUACAACUGCCAUUGUCAGCCUCCAUUUUCUGGAAAAUAUUGCCAAGAACUUGAUCCAUGUUCUUAUAAACCAUGUGAAAAUAAUGGCAGUUGCAUUAAUAAAAGAGGAAAAUUGAAUAAGCAAGGAUAUGAAUGUACCUGUUACCCACCAUUUACAGGCAUACAUUGUUCAGAAAUUAUUGGCCAAUGUCGACCACGUAUCUGUUUCCAUGGGAAUUGUGGCAAUAUUACUGCAAGUAGUUUCAUCUGUGAAUGUGAUGAACCAUUUUCAGGUCCAUACUGUGAGAAGUCAAUGAAAUGUUAUAUUUCUCAGUCUUGUUGGAAAGGAGAAAUUUGCCAAAACAAAAGCUCUGCUUACAUUUGUGAAUACCUAGAAGGAUUUUUCAAUCAAAACCAUGAAACUGAUGUCCGUGAGUGUCCCUCAAUACCAUGUCAGAAUGGUACUAACUGUGUUCAUAUUGCAAAUGACACCAUGUACAUCUGUUCACCAAUAUUUACAGGCAAGCUUUGUAAGAGACAACUUCAAACACCACAGGAGUCAUUUCCUUACAAGGAUAAUACCACAUGUACAAAAUUUGAGAAAGAUUAUCAUUGCAGUUGUUUGCUAGGAUUUACUGGAAAAAACUGUGAGAAAGUAAUUGACCACUGUAGACUGCCCAGCAUCAACUGUCUGAAUGAAGGAUGGCAUUUCAAUAUAAGUGGAAGAUUCAGAUAUGUAUGCACUUCAGAGUGCACAAGAUACUCAUGUUGGUUUGUGAGGAAUGUUUGCCUAAUUCAUCUAUACCCCUGCUACUGUGGAACUAUCAGCCAUGAUAUUUGUCAAGGCAAAGUCCUUCAUCCUCCUCAGUCUAAAUAUGUGUGGCAACUGGGAUUUAAAGGAUCUGAAGAUGAAAAAUGUGAAGUGGCUGUUGAUGUCUACUUCUUUCUCUCUGCGAACUGGACUGAAGAUGCUGUCUAUGUGAACACAUCUGAAGAUCUCCGUUAUGUAUUUUGUUUUCUAUGUCAAGGAAAAAUGGAGAUGCAUGCAAAUGAAUGCAAUUGUUUGACUGAAGAAGGAAAUAAGGGAUAUUGGUGUCUAUGUAUUCCAAGAUGGCCUGGAAAAACGUCUCUGGAAAAUACAACUGAUUAUCAAGAAAGUGGGUGUCAACAUGAAGCUAUUUAUAAAGAUGAAAUUAAUAGAUCCAGAUGCAGCUGUUCUCUUGGUUACAUGGACCCAUUAUGUAUCCUCAAUGCUGAGGAUUACUUAGGAAACCAGAGUACAUCAGUGCAUGGCCUCUGCUUGGUCCAUUUGCACAAGUGCAACGGUGGUCUGCAAAGACAUGGAAGAAAUGUCUGUGAAAUAGAAACCAAAGAUUGUAAAUCUGUGCCCUGCAAAAACGGAGCAGCCAGUAUACAUUUAAGUGGCUAUUUCUUCUGCAAUUGUGUCCCAGGAUCUACAGGCAAGUAUUUCUGAGAACUCAAAUUCUCUACUGGAUAAUGUUAGCACAUUUAUUUAAUGUAUUUCAAAUGUAGCUAAUGAUUAGUACUGUAGGCUGCUUUCUCAUUUAGCAAAGUAACAAUAUCUUCACUUAGAAUAAUAGGAUUGUUUCUUUGGGCAAUUACAUUGCUGACUACGCAGCCUUGGCUCAUGCAAAUGAGGCUAAAAAGUCCAGGCUGAACCAUAGAGAAUAUGAUAUAUAUGUCAAAGGUCUGUGGAGAAAAACAGGCAGCCAUAACCUCCCAAUAAUUUUCCUAAACAGCUUCAGUAUUGCCCUUCAACCUCCUCUUUGGCUGCCUAAGCAUACUGAGUGCUUGCAUUAAAAAUAAAACUUAGUUUCAGUAUUUUCUCAGUCAGUUUAAUGCUCCAUUAGUAAAAUUAAAAAACUCCAUAAAACCACAAACAUACUUUAUCUUCUGUAAAGUUAUGUAGGAUGACAUUCACGUUGGCUGUGUAGUAAUAAGGCAUCUUUUGAUAUAAAAAUAUCAGAAAUUAAGCAUUCAAAUUUAUAUUGAGGAUUUUAUGCUUGGUCUUACAUUAAAAUAAUUGUUAAUAAUUUCAAAACUUCUUUAGUUUAAUUGCUUUAUAAAAAGCAGUAUGGAGGCCACACAGAAGAAAAUAAUAUUGUCACUUUUAAACCACCCCUAAUUUUAAGCAAAAUAAUGAAAAACAGUUUUGUGUAAUUUGAUAUCCUCUUUUAUUAAGCAGACCCAACUAAACAUUAUGUGGAUUUCCAUCUUAAAAUGAAAAAUAUUUUCCCUGUUUGAUAUUUAAAGUAAUAUCCUGAAGGUUUUGGAGUUAAUUUAAAAGAUAAGUUCCAAGAAUGGAAUUGGUGAUAUUAUUGGAAUA